AUGACUCGUAUCACAACCCUCCGUCUCACACUCUCGUUUGCCAGUAUAUUCAUUGGGGCCACAUUCUACUAUGUUCUUGUAAGGACUACCACUGGGGCCAAUGAACUAGUCCCAUUCACCGACGGCGUUGAUGAAGCAUGGGUGCCAAAGGAUGUACACGUUGAUAUACAAGAUGACCUGGAGUCCACGGCUAUACCACCGACAUUAUCGCCGGCAUUACCAACACUAGUGCCAGAUAUACCGCGACGAAAGAAACAUAAGGUACCCAAAAACAAACCGAUUAUUCACUAUCUUUCACCUGCUCCAAAGCUCACCAUCAUUGCAAUAUGGAACCCUUCACCCGAUAACAAAGAACCCAUCUAUCUUCCCAAUUUCUUCGCUUCUGUCGCUGCCAACCCCUCGAUUGACCUUCUUUUCAUCAAAUACGACCGCCAUCGCGUCGGUACUCCGCCAUGCGAGCCCUCACACGUGAAGAACAUGCGGCAAGUGUGUCUAUCGUUUGAAGAAUACUGGAAGUUGCAUGCCGACUUUCUGUGCAAACGGUGGGGCGGCUGCUCGACUACGCAAAGGCAGCAAUUGGUUAGUAAACUACAUGAGAGAGCCCCGGGAGAUCGGGUCAAUUCGUACUUCAGACCCUUCCGAGCCGCUGUCUUCGCGAAAUGGAUAAACCCCGAGACACCCAUCUGGGGUUGGUGUGAUAUGGAUACUAUUCUUGGCUCGUUUGAACGUAACUUUCCUUGGGACAUCGCCUCCGAAUUCGACUUUCUCUUUCCAGGGCCUCCUAUUGAUGGUGGUGACAUCCUUCUGUUCUUCCCUGGGCACAUGGCCUUCUUCAAGAAUAAAGAACAUGUCGUCAGCGCGUUCAUGGACUUCCCUAACCUCAAAACUUAUGAGAGCUACAUGGACCUCCCUUGGGUCAGCACCGAUACUGAGGAGUGCGAAUACUCGCAUUUCGCUUUAGCGAAGACCAAACUUACCUUUCUUCGAUUCCCUGGGAUCGUCCACAGUCGGAUCCAUUUCUCAAGCAUCACAAGCGGCGUAUUCGCUACCGAGAACCCUGGACAUUGGCUUGCUGUAUCUGCCGUCAACAUUCCUUCGACUUCCUCCAGUUCGGACUCAUCUGAAUUGGACCCACUUCGCUCUAACCUAGCCGCCUUUUUCACUGAACACACGAGGAACUGGGUUUCUCACCCAACGUUCUCAGAGGAAGGGAAGGAGUACGACGUCGAAUUGCGAGAGGGCGAAUGGGAAGGGUGGCUGUGGUUUCCUAAACAAUACGCCGUGCACUAUACGGCAGAUAGAAGUAAGGGUAGGCAGGAGGACUUCUCCAAGAGGUAUACCAUGCGCCGCCCGUCUGGAAAACUAUACGAUCGCACGGAACCCUACCGUGACAGCAUACUGGAGAUACCGACCACUGCCUACACUCCCUUGGGAGCGGACCCAGUACGGAGUGGCGCGUCACUCCUCGUGUUCGAUAUGUUGUACAAUCACUUCCAGGCAGAGAAGUACGCUAAGUGGUGGUCACUUCCAAAAGAUCCCAUUGCGGCUGAGGAGCUGCUCUUCGUUGACCGAGAGAACGGAGCUCAGUUGUGGGAUCCCACUGGCAAGAUUAUAUUUGAAGUCACGUCUGAAAGUAAACCCACUGACACCAUCUCACCGUAA